CCCAGAUGGAGUUUCCUCCAUUAAAGAGAAACAGAAAAACAGAGCAAGAAAUGAAGGUGCUAAGCUCGUGGUAUCUACUCCCUGUUGAACUCCUUAGAUCCAUCGCCGAAUUCCUCAAGAACAACCCCGAAGACCUGCGUAAUUUACGGUUAGUUUGCAGCAAUUGGCAGCACGCAAUUCGCCCAAUUUCCUCCCUCCUACCUUAUAAAACUCUGUUUUCUUCCUCCGUUUACCUCCUCUGCCGCCGCCGCUGCGGCCGUGACACCGACCAACCAUGGCUCGUCAUCUCAAUGGAGAGCACCAAAGGUAAAUUACAGCUUUACCAUCCUCUCCUUGAACACCCUAUCCCAGAUAUCCCUGAUAAUUUCACCUUACAUGAUAAUCAAGAGUUAAACCCUUGUCUCCUUUCUGUAAAUUACCAUACUAAUUAUUCCAGUAACAAUGACAAAGUGUUGCUCAUCUCUCGAAACAAUUCUUCCCCUUUUACCCUUGAUGAUUGCUCUUUGUUGGUUUUGUCUGAAUCCGGUCUAUUACACUGGUCUCUCUCCGUUGAACCGGAGAAUCAAUGUAUAUCAUUCUGUAGGUUUAAAUCCAAAACAAUUGGUAGUUAUGUCAGCAAAUUUGAUGACAUUCUUAAUUUCAAUGAUGUCGUUUAUGUUCUAGAUAGGAAAGGGAGAUUAUACCAAUUGAUUACCAAGCAAUUUCCGCCUGUUAUUGAAAUACUUGUCCGAAUCCCCAUUGUUAGAGUCAACAAAGGGUGGAGGAAGCGGUUAGUGGGAUCAUCAAUAGAUAAUACAGUCUAUAUGGUUGCUAUGGAUGAUCUAAAUUACAAGCUUAAAGUUUAUCGGUUUUGUGAGUAUACUAAGAAUACAUCGAAAUGGAUCAAAGUCGAGAGUUUUGUAGGUGAUCAAGUGUUGUUCUUGUCUAAACAUUACUGCUUCUUUGCUGAAGCUAGAUAUUUUCCUGAUUGUCAACUUGGAAACUGCAUCAUCUUCUAUGAUGAACUUCCCUUGGGUGAAACAUUCAAGUUUCCAGAAGAGAUACAGGUUUUUUGGUUAGGAGGAGGAGGUCAUGGUUUCAAACCAAUUUCGUCUUACCCUGGCUUUCCUGCAAUCAAUUUAUUUUCAGCACCAAUUUGGAUUUCGCAGGCUCAUAUGUCUUCCUGUCAAUCAUAUUCUCAAAGUGGGUCUAAGGAGGAUGAAAUGAUCCACUCUGAUUCAAAUGGUGAAGGUAGUGCAUCUUUGCAACAAAUGAUAUCCCCUGCUAAAUCUCAUCCUGGAAGAGAGAAACAAAUCGUUGAGAUUCCUUGUUCCAGUUCUGUUCAGGCUGAAAGUACACGUUCUCCUUCUGUCGUGAAUGACAUGGAGCAUGUUGUUGAAGGAGCUGUGGAGGAAGGGAGCUUUAUGGAUGACAUGGUCCAGACAAAUUCAGUGGUACCUUUGGUUCAGCCAUCCUCUGUAAAGAAAGUCAUAACCACCUUCAAGUUUCGAGGAGUAGAUGUCGAGGCUGACCACCUCCCUGUUUUACAAAAGAUUUGGAUGAAGCAUGGAGAUGUUAUUGAAGGGAGUUCGAUCCAUAGUUGUGACACGAUAUCCAUGGCGUUGUCUUCUUUGGCAAAGAUGGUACUUAUUCUGCAAACCAACUCUGCAAAUACCUUGACUGAUGACCAAUCCCGUUAUCUGGAAUCAACUUUAGCUGAUCUACAAUAUAUGCAUCUAAAACUGGAUUGGCUGACUCCUACGGUUGAGAAAGCCAUGUCGAUCCAAAAAACCAAGCAAUUGCAAGCAUCUUUGGUGGAACUUGAGAAGUCCAAGGCUAAGGCAGAAGAGAUGGAAACGAAGUUCCUUUCAAUGAUGGCUGAAAUGAAGCAAGGUUUGGAUAGGGAUAUAAUACUUGUUUCUGACAAAAUACCACCGACAUUUGAUCCUGAAAAAUUCCUUGGUGAAGGACUGUACUGAUUUCCUGCUGAAGGUAUUCGUUUAUGUUGAUGAAAAUUUUAACUGUUUCGUUCCUAUUAGAGUAUUAUGAUUAAUUGGCUGAUAGAUAUAUUUCUUACUUGAUGUAAGUAUAAUUGUUGAGUUGUUUGUGUAUGUGUUAAUAUGUGCUUCGAUUUUCUAGAUAUAAGUAUAACUUUGGCAACUGAUCAAAUGAAUUGUUUUAGCUUGUUCUUAGUAUAAGAUGUUUGUCACUGUUG